GCUGAUCCAGUCUUGCCCGCUUGUUGAUCCACCCUCCGAAAAAGUACUUUAACACGUCCUGACACCGGAGAUGGGCACCAGUCAUGAGUCAUUAGUGGUGGGAGCAACACCUCGAGACCUCUACUCUCCUUUCGAAAUGGAUCCCCAAAGAACAGAGGAUGAGACGAAGGAAGCAGAGGAAAAUCCGACCUGGAAUCAGGAGGAUCCAGAUGAAUUCCAGAGUGACAUCGCAAGUGCAGAGAGUGAAGCUGCUGGAUCCAACGAAAGACGUCUUUCGGGAGCAGAAUUAAAUUUUCUCUAUUUCGUCCAACAUCACGUCGGCGAAGAUCCUCAGCCACACUGUAGCCAUCAGACAACUCAUGGCGAAGGCAGCGGAGUAGGGAAUACGUCAGUUAGUUCCUCUCGUGAACGCACCUUGAAACCAGAGAAACUGCGUAAAACUCGAAAGCGAAAGCCUUCCCGCACAGAAAACGACGACUAUAAGUGCUCAUAUUGCCCCUACGCCAGUAAAAGUAGAUGUGACGUUAGAGAGCAUGAAUUUAUCCAUACCACAGAGAAACCUCAUGUUUGCUCAAACUGCAACUGUGCCUUCACAAAGGUAUUAGAAUUAAGGAGACAUGAACGCAUUCAUACCGGUGAAGAAUGCUAUCUCUGCUCACUCUGCAAUACUACCUUCUCGCAUAAAUCCUCACUGGUAAGGCACAAACGCAUUCAUACAGGAGAAAAACGGUAUUGGUGCUCGCGUUGCACCUACACAUGCGCAGAAAAAUCUGACAUGAAGAGUCAUGAACGCAUCCACGAUCGGCCGGUUUCUGCCUGUCGAUAUUGCCGGCUCACAUUUCCCGACAGAGUUGCUCUUAAAAAUCACGAAAAUACUCACGCUGGUGAGAAAUUCUCGUGUUCCAUUUGUCCUGGCAAAUUCCUCCGGUAUAGCUACCUCGUCAGUCACAUGAAGAUCCACAGUAGAGAAGGACCAUUCCGUUGUAGCGUUUGUUCCGCCAAAUUCUCUACCCCUUCCGCCCUCAGCAAACAUCUGAAUGUUCACGGAAAAUCUUACCACGGUGAGUUUCCCCGUCCUCGCCCUCGGUCAAAUCCGCAGUAGGCGCGAGAAGAUCGCCGUCCACUGAAUCAUUCAAGGUGGGAGAUUGUCUCCCACACAUUGUCUUUAUACACAUACGUGCAUUUGCACAUGUGAACAAUAUCCGUGCCUUUGUCAUCGGUGUCCCUUCAUUUUUUUUUUCUUUUUUAUUAAACCUUCGCCAGUCAUCGCAAUAUUCGCAGAAACUCAAAAUUCGAAUUUCUGAGUUCCGUAUGAUAAAAAUGCAAUAUUCAUUCAUUAUCACAAGUAAUCAUUUUUUAAAUAUAGAAUUUUGUUAGACUGAUUUUGAAGAAUUAAUAAUACUCAAUCAGUAAAUAUUUCCAAAGAACACUAUAAAUUGAUAAACUGGGCUAAUUCGAAGAAUUGUAUCUAAGUUUGAACUAAUAAAUACCAAUUGGUCUUUACUGCGCCUUGCCCAAUUAUAGUUUUAGUGUUGAACCAUAUUUUUAAUGUCUUAAUAACGUGGUCUAUUAGCAUUAGGUAUUUAUCAUGUUAUGUUAUCUUUAUGGAAGAUAAUUUCUUUAAUUUUAGUGGUAUUAACCUCCCAUAGUAGUUUUUUUAUUUUUUCUCUAAAGGGGGCGAUUAUCCAAGGAACUGCCGUCCUUUGAGUAGCAAUAUGUAAAAUUUUAAAGAACUUUGCAUAAGUUUUAUGUUGUCUUGGUGUAAUGAUCGUGCAUUAUUCCCUGUAAAUAAAA